GACUACCUGGUGCACAAGGUACUGCGAAUAAACCACGCAACUGCGCCGGGAAGCGAAGAUCAUCAUGGGCGGGGAGAUGCCCUACAUCACAACAAUGAGCCGCGUCUGAACGAUGAGGAGCGGGUGCAGCGGGAAAUCAACGACAUUGUGCUGAAAAAGGUGAACGAGGACGAGUCCAGC